UAAUCCACCCACUCAGCCUCCCAAAGUGCUGGGAUUACAGGCGUGAGCCACCUCGCCCAGCUCAGAGCCUGCAUUCUUACCCAUAUCAUGCUGCGGGGAUUCUUUAGGAGUUUUAUAACCUCAAACUCUGGCACUAAAAUAAAUGAAAUCUUUUCAUCCACCUUGACAUUGUCUUCCUUUUUACCAAGAAUAUAUGAUUGAUUUCAUUCCCUUCUUUUCUUCCAGAAAACCCAUUGUUCAGAAUUUAGAUAGUGUAGCACUUUCUCCAGCAAAAUUUUUCCCAAAGUGCAGUGGAAGUUUGGAACGUGAGGUUACAAAUUCUUAGCUGUGUUUGUCCCCAAGGUGUUUUCUUCUUUGGAGACUGAGGUGUAGCAGUGUUUUUUGAUGUUUUGUUUUGUUUUGUUUUGUGUUUCCCUUGGAAACACAGCAUUAGUGAAAUCAGCUUGUUCUCUCUGAUAGUACUUGUUAGGUGGUGCACACUGGUCUGAGCGUGGGACUCUGAAAUAGAAGGCGUGGCAUAAGGGUCUGUGUGAAAAUGUUUCUCCUAGCAUGCCCCAGAAUGGUUCAUUUAUGACUUUCAGCUUUUUUGAUCACCUGAUUCCCCAUUUCUCCUGCGGGGAAAAGUGGUAUUAAAAGUAUUUGGACAUAAAAUUCAUCUUUCCAGCCACUGCUGUGCUGAUGAGUAAUAAAGUGUCAAAAGGAUGCCGAGGAAAGAGCUUCUUAAUAUAGACCAUGCCUGAGACACACCGGUAGGGCGAUAACAAGCCCUUUCUUCUGAUUUCCUCCCUGGGGCCAAAGGGAUUUUGAAAGGCAGAAGGCAAAGACUGUUCAGAAUGAGAUUCCUCAAGCUUCCCUUGUGAGGCUGCCUGGGCUCUGCUGCUGGGUGGUUUGGGAUGUCCAAGAGAUGAUCCCCUUUCAGCCAGUGACUCGGUCCUCAGUUGCUGUUCCAGAAAGACGCCGGGGCUGGGAAGGGCCCUGUGUCGUCUGGCUUUAAAAUGGGCAAUGCUAUUGAAAAACAGAAACCCUUGAAACGAAGUCAUCUGUACCCCUGGAAACAAGACUCUCAGCGUUCUCAUCUCUCUUCCUUCACCAUGAAGCUGAUGGACAAAUUCCACUCACCCAAAAUCAAGAGAACGCCAUCAAAGAAGGGAAAACCAGCUGAGGUGUCCGUAAAGAUUCCAGAGAAGCCUGUGAACAAAGAGGCAACAGACAGAUUUCUACCAGAGGGCUACCCUCUCCCCUUGGAUCUGGAGCAGCAGGCAGUAGAAUUUAUGUCCACCAGUGCUGUGGCUUCCAGGUCUCAAAGGCAGAAGAACCUGAGCUGGCUGGAGGAGAAAGAGAAGGAAGUUGUCAGUGCCCUGCGCUACUUUAAGACCAUUGUGGACAAAAUGGCAAUUGAUAAGAAGGUACUGGAGAUGCUUCCAGGGUCAGCCAGCAAGGUGCUGGAGGCCAUCUUACCCCUGGUGCAGAACGAUCCUCGAAUUCAGCACAGCUCAGCCCUGUCUUCCUGCUAUAGCCGAGUGUACCAAAGUCUCGCCAACCUCAUUCGCUGGUCUGACCAAGUGAUGCUGGAAGGUGUGAACUCAGAAGACAAGGAGAUGGUGACGACGGUGAAGGGGGUCAUCAAGGCCGUGCUGGAUGGAGUGAAGGAGCUGGUCAGGCUCACCGUCGAGAAGCAGGGACGUCCGUCUCCAACAAGCCCCGUGAAGCCCAGUUCCCCUGCUGGCAAGCCUGAUGGCCCAGCAGAGCUCCCCCUGACAGACCGCGAGGUAGAAAUCCUAAACAAGACGACCGGGAUGUCACAGUCAACUGAGCUCCUCCCAGACGCCACAGAUGAAGAGGUCGCGCCCCCCAAGCCCCCUCUGCCUGGCAUUCGGGUGGUUGAUAAUAGUCCUCCACCAGCAUUGCCACCCAAGAAAAGACAGUCGGCACCGUCCCCUACCCGAGUGGCUGUGGUGGCCCCCAUGAGCCGAGCCACCAGUGGCUCCAGUUUGCCUGUUGGAAUCAAUAGGCAGGAUUUUGACGUUGACUGUUAUGCACAGAGGCGACUGUCAGGAGGCAGCCACUCAUAUGGUGGAGAGUCGCCCCGCCUCUCCCCCUGCAGCAGCAUAGGCAAGCUCAGCAAGUCAGACGAGCAGCUGUCCUCUCUGGACAGGGACAGUGGGCAGUGCUCCCGGAACACAAGCUGUGAAACACUAGACCACUAUGAUCCCGACUAUGAAUUCCUCCAGCAAGACCUCUCUAACGCAGACCAGAUACCUCAGCAGACGGCCUGGAACCUUAGCCCGUUGCCAGAGUCUUUGGGGGAGUCUGGGUCUCCAUUUGUUGGCCAUCCUUUCCAGCUGCCUCUUGGCAGCCAUCCCCAGCCAGACGGACCUCUGGCCCCAGGGCAGCAGACAGUUACGCCGCCUGCUCUCCCCGAGAAGAAGCGCAGGAGUGCAGCCUCCCAGACGGCGGACAGCUCUGGCUGCAGGGUGUCCUACGAGCGGCAUCCCUCGCAGUACGACAACAUCUCUGGGGAGGACCUGCAGAGCACGGCCCCAAUCCAGUCCGUCCCCUACGCACCCUUUGCUGCUAUUCUCCCCUUUCAGCAUGGAGGUUCCUCAGCCCCUGUCGAAUUUGUGGGUGAUUUUACUGCUCCUGAAUCAACGGGUGACCCAGAAAAACCACCUCCUCUACCAGAGAAGAAAAACAAACACAUGCUGGCCUACAUGCAGCUGCUGGAGGACUACUCGGAGCCACAGCCCUCCAUGUUCUACCAGACGCCGCAGAACGAGCACAUCUACCAGCAGAAGAACAAGCUCCUCAUGGAGGUAUACGGCUUCAGCGACUCCUUCAGCGGGGUGGACUCUGUGCAGGAGCUGGCCCCGCCGCCCGCCCUACCCCCCAAGCAGCGGCAGCUGCAGGCCUCCUGUGCUGCUUCUUCCUUCUCCUCUGUCUCCUACUGUGUCCAGCAAACUAAAGUGGCCUUCACCCCCGAGGACGGCAGUGCCGCUCAGGGCCUCAGUGUGUCCGUCUCUAACUCCUUUCUCAGCCGGCAUGGCAGCUUGCCUGUGCCCUCGUAUAAGUCUGUGUUUAGGUCCUACUCCCAGGAUUUCGUGCCUCACCACCAAGCUUCCGUUCCGCCUUUCCUUCCGCCUACCUCCUCUUCCUCUCCACAUUUCCCACCUGCCCACCAGUCUCAGAGCUCUGACUUAGCCGUGCCAGCCAUGGCCGGUCCACCUCCCAGCACCGUGGACGGGCCUCUCUCGGCUUCUCAGGAGAGCAGCUUUCAUGGGAAUACUGUCUGCCUUCCUUCCGAAACCUCUUUCACUGACUCGAGUGAAAACGCCAGUGAGGAAGCUGGUGAGGGUGAAUAUGUCAAUCUGUAUUCCUCUGGCCAGAGCAGCGAGGAGCUGGCUCCCUCUCGAGGAGAACCACCGGCUGGGAAAGACGGACAUUCCAGAGAUCCCUCAGCAGUCAGCAGCAUCCCUGGGAAGGACAGCAGAGACGGCAGUGAGAGGGCCCCAAAGUCACCAGAUGCUCUGGAGUCGGCUCAGUCGGAGGAGGAAGUGGACGAGCUGUCCCUCAUCGACCACAACGAAAUUAUGUCCAGGCUGACGCUCAAGCAGGAGGGUGAUGACGGGCCAGAUGUCCGCGGAGGAUCUGGUGACAUCUUAUUGGUCCAUGCUACUGAGACUGACAGGAAAGAUUUGGUGUUGUACUGCGAGGCCUUCCUGACCACCUACAGGACCUUCAUCUCCCCAGAGGAGCUCAUCAAGAAGCUGCAGUACAGAUACGAGAAAUUCUCUCCCUUCGCCGACACGUUCAAGAAGCGCGUCAGCAAGAACACAUUCUUCGUACUGGUGCGGGUGGUGGAUGAGCUUUGCCUGGUGGAAUUGACAGAAGAGAUCCUGAAGCUGCUGAUGGAACUGGUCUUCCGCCUGGUGUGCAACGGGGAGCUGAGCCUGGCCCGCGUGCUCCGGAAGAACAUCCUGGACAAGGUGGACCAGAAGAAGCUGCUCAGGUGUGCCACCUCUGGCCAGCCCCUGGCGGCCCGGGGGGUAGCAGCCAGGCCGGGGACCUUGCACGACUUUCACAGCCAUGAGAUCGCGGAGCAGCUAACUCUGCUGGAUGCUGAGCUCUUCUAUAAAAUAGAGAUUCCUGAGGUUUUGCUUUGGGCAAAAGAGCAGAAUGAGGAAAAGAGCCCCAACUUGACCCAGUUCACGGAGCACUUCAACAACAUGUCCUACUGGGUCCGGUCCAUAAUCAUGUUACAGGAAAAGGCCCAGGACAGGGAACGGCUGCUCUUAAAGUUCAUCAAGAUCAUGAAGCACUUGCGGAAGCUGAAUAACUUCAACUCCUACUUGGCCAUCCUCUCUGCCCUGGACUCAGCGCCCAUCCGCAGGCUGGAGUGGCAGAAGCAGACCUCAGAGGGCCUGGCCGAGUACUGCACGCUGAUUGACAGCUCAUCCUCCUUCCGAGCCUACCGGGCCGCCCUCUCGGAGGUGGAACCGCCGUGCAUCCCGUACCUGGGGCUGAUCCUGCAGGACCUGACCUUCGUUCACCUGGGAAACCCAGACUACAUCGAUGGGAAAGUGAACUUCUCCAAGCGGUGGCAGCAGUUCAACAUCCUCGACAGCAUGCGGUGCUUCCAGCAGGCGCACUAUGACAUCCGGAGGAACGACGACAUUAUAAACUUCUUCAAUGACUUCAGUGACCACCUGGCUGAGGAGGCCCUAUGGGAACUCUCUCUGAAAAUUAAACCCAGGAACAUAACAAGGAGAAAAACAGACCGGGAAGAGAAGACCUAGGAGCAGCCGCCGGGAUCGAGGAGAAUGCUCGAGGGGCGCGGAGGGCAGCUCCCAGACCGGAGAGGACCUUGGACUUGUUAGGCGCGUGGCAGGAGUCCCGGCCUCGGAGCCACGAGGCUGGCCAGGCCUCAGCAGGGCCGGGCGGGAGCUGGAGCCUGCCUGCCGCUUCCUGCCUCCCUCCUCUGUGGGAGCAGACCCGUGGGCCUCUGCAGCCAGCAGGCAGGUCUUGUUGCCAAUUUGCAAACCGGUGGUUUUCUGGUUUGGUUUUGUUUUCUGCUUUUACUUCCAUCUCUCCCCUCUUGCCCUUCCACCCACUCCCCUCCAGGGAGAGAGCAGCAGAGACCUCAUCAGCAGACCAAGGAAGUGGCGGGUGCUGCCCCUCCCUGAGCUCCAGGGUCCCUGAAUCUUCUGAAAUGGAAAAUGAGUGGAGGCCUCUGGGGUGGGUUGUCCUCCAGGGGCCCUGGAAUGUGGGGGCGAGCAGCUGGGUGGGCAGAACGCAGAGUAGACUGGGAGGAGGUCCUUUCACUUCUCGCUUCCGCUUCUGUUGCAUGGAGGAUGGUGUGAGCUUUGCAGCAGGCCCGGAAAGGUACGCAGGUGACCCCUUAGCAGCUGGUGCUCUGCACCGCGGUACUGGCGCCAUCAGGGCCUCCCUUGCCCGCUGAGAGCAGCAGCAGUGUCUGUCAUCCCGUCGCCCCUUACCCCCCACCCCAGGCCACUGGGCCCCUCCCACACCACCUGGGGAGCUGAGCAGAGGAGGCUGGAGUAAGGGAGGACUUGAUCAUCCAAGAAGUACUUUUUAUUGCCGGGAGUCUUCUGAACCUUACCAAACUGAGGCCAGAGCUGAGCUCCUGGGGGAGUUAGUUCAGAGGGGAGAGGCCAGCACCUCCCUCCUCCAUCGCUCGCUGUGUGCCUUAAACUCCAUCUCCUGUCCCUCCCCAUCCCCUGGCUUUCCCUCCCUCCUUGCCCCAUCCUGGGCUGGCCAGCAGGGGCUCCUCCUCUGGCUCUUCAAACCUUUCAGCCAGUGCUGUCAGUGCCCCUGGGAGAGAAGAGCAUCCCUGAGGCACCCGAAUGGGCCCUUGGGGUGCAGGGAGGCAGAGGCCUGGCCGCGGAGGAGCCUCCUAAGGUAGCAGCUGCAGCAGGUGCGCCCUCUCCUUACUCUCCCCACACCAGAGCGGCUUGCAGAGCAGAUGCUCUUUCCAUCCUCCUCGUCAAAACCGUUCUUGCUGCUGAGCUUGACAAUCUGGGCAAGGCUUGUGGGGCGCUUGGCAAACAGAACCUGCCCUGUGCCGCCCGACUCUGUGGCCUCCAGCAUGAGCCUGCAGGCAGGGCACUGCGGGAACCCAGUCUUGCUGCCCCAGCCCAUGCCUCUGGGUCUGCUGUGCAUGAAUGAGUGCUCACUUGUCCCAGGUUUAGGACAGCAGGGUCAAGUGAACAGCAGGGUCUAACUAUGCUUACUUAGCCCAGUUCAAACAGAACAAAGGCAAAACGUAGAAAGCAACAUCUGUUGAUCAUUUGGGUUUUGUUUAAAACAACCAUGUCACUUUGAGUCCUUCAUGGGUUUUUGAACAGCAUUUAUCAAGAAGAAAAUGUGGGUUUUUUUCCCCUCUCCCAUGUUUUGUUUGUCCUGUAGAUAGAGGGAGGAAAGCCGUGCAGUGGCAGGCGGGACCCCCUCUGGCGGCGGGACCCCCUCGGGCGGUGGUCCUGCAGGGCCAGCCGGGACCUGUCACUUUAUUAUUUAAGGAGUGUGUGUGUAGAGUCGCUGGCUUAUUAACAGUAUUGUGUGUGGGUUGGGUUUUUAGUUUGUUCCUUCUUUUUGAAGUCCCUUCAUUUCAAUCCUUGCCUCUCUCUCCCCUUCCCUUGCCCAGCUCUGUUGAAUGCUGCUGUGCGCGUGUGAGGGCCUCUCUGCACACAGGGCCCUUGGGUUUGUGCGAACUGAAAUUCUCCCUGUAUUUGUAAGACUCGUAGGAGUCCCCCUCUGUAGCACAGGCAGUGCCAGUGCCAUGCUGCAGCCUCAGAAACCGGGCCUCUCCCCCCAGCAGCAGGCGGAACCGUGUCUGUGGUCGGGUGCUGUCCACAGCUCUGUCUGCCUUGUUCUUGGGCUUGAGCCGGGUGGAGGUGGGGUCUCUUCACCUUCCCUGAAUUCAGAACAGACCCUGUGCCUGGCCCCAGUGUGCCCAAGCAACUCCCCAGGCCCUUGUUGGGAGCCCUUGGUGGUCUGAGCAGCGGGGCCCAGGCAGCACAUGAGCAGUGCCCGGGGCUCCCUGUGUGAGGAUGGCAAGGUGCGAUGUAUGUCUCACUUAUUGAUGGCAGGCGUGCCCCUGCGCCCCUGCUCCUGGUCCUGGUUAUUGCUGAGCUCUGUGCUCAGUGCUGCGGCCUGGCCAUGGCUCGUCUGUUCCUUUUUGGGGGCCGGGUGGGUUGUGGGAAUCAGUCUUCACAGACAGACAGGAGCCAGGCGGAGGACUCGUUCCUUGCAGAGGUCAGUCCUCACCUGCAGGUGUCGGGGGUGGCAAGGAGGGGCAGACGCACACCAUGUUUGACCUAAACCCGAUUCUGGGGAGCGUCUCCCGCUCCAGCCCCAUGACCUCCACAGGGUUACAUUGUAAUAUAUAUGCCCCAGCUAACCUGUCUGAUGGUGGCAUCUUCCUGCAGACAUUUCAAACAUGUAACUUUUAUAUGGAAAAAAAAUAAACACAGACGAAAGCCGCCGAAUGUCA